AUGAAAAAAAUGACAUGCGGAUAAAAAAUUGGAGCGAUACUUUUUAGGAAGUUGCCGGUAUUUCCGGGUCCAUUUAUACAGUUUAUUAAAAUCGAGAUUUUGAAACCAAAAUAGAGCAACAUGCCUCAAUGUUGCGUUCCACAAUGUAACAACAGGAGUGAAAACUGUGAUUUAUCUUUCUAUCGAUUCCCGACAGCAGAAAUGGACAAAAACAAAUGGUUAAAAGCUAUCAAACGACAAAACUUUAUUCCAACCACAAAUAGUCGUGUUUGUAGUUGGCAUUUUCCUGUUGGUAAGAAUGCAGGACCUUUGAGAUUUGCCUGGAAUAUAAACAACUUCCUAGAAUCUCCAAGUCCAGAGAAACGUCGACGUAAACCAAAUAGUAGUAACAAGAACCACAGACACUUUGACCACAGCAAACGUAAGAAGCACCAAGAAGAGAAGACAUCACCACAUGUGAACCCAUUAGUUGUUCUGGCCCAAGUUGCUUUGCAAGAUGCAAAUUCAGACGCUGUUCUUUCAUCAUUUGAUACAAACCUCUCUAUAUCAAGUAACAACAUACAAGAUGAUGCAUUAGAUAACCCUAAUCCAGAACACUUAGAUAGUUAAUCCAAUUUCUAAAUAGAAAAUAUUAAAUGAUUAAAAAACAAACAAAAAAAAAAUAUAUAAAACACUUUUAUCAACAAUAAUUUUCAAUUAUUGUAACUAAAUUCCACGUACAUUUCCAGAAAGCUUUAAUUUGGUGGGAUUUAAAACAUAAAGGACAAAAAUUUUUAUUUCAUAUAUUUCUUUUUUUUUUAAUUAUAUUCCUGGCUGGUUAUUUUACUGCUUAUUUGUAAUUUAUAUAUAUAUAUAUAUAUAUAUAUAUAUAUAUAUAAAAAAUACAUUUUGAAAAUAUAUAGAGACUAACAAUUCACAUGCACUAUCAUCA